GAGGUGGAGUGGCAGAGGGGCAGUCGCUGGUGGUGCUACAGACAGGGUAGUAGCUAGGCAAGCACCGUUAUUUGCUAGUAGGUGACAGUGAGAGGAAGGAGACGUGUAGAUAACUUAAAAGACACUUUUGGUUUAAAGGGAGUCUGUGCCCUGGUUCAACCUCUUCAUUUUUUCUGUGUUGUCUGAGCUGCAGUCUAGCGCGAAUCGCUAGCCCCGAACACAUCCUCGCGUUCUCCUCACACAGCCUCUCUCUCACCGCAACAUGGUGGACCGCGAGCAGCUGGUGCAGAAAGCCCGACUGGCGGAGCAAGCCGAGAGAUAUGAUGAUAUGGCGGCUGCUAUGAAAGCCGUUACAGAGUUGAAUGAAGCACUCUCCAACGAAGAACGAAAUUUAUUGUCUGUUGCUUACAAGAAUGUAGUUGGAGCUCGACGUUCAUCCUGGAGGGUUAUUAGUAGUAUUGAGCAGAAGACAUCUGCAGAUGGCAAUGAAAAAAAGAUAGAAAUGGUGCGAGCUUAUCGUGAAAAAAUUGAGAAGGAAUUGGAAGCAGUUUGUCAGGAUGUGCUAAACCUAUUGGAUAAUUUCCUCAUCAAGAAUUGCAGUGAAACCCAAUACGAAAGCAAAGUGUUCUACUUGAAGAUGAAAGGAGAUUAUUAUCGAUAUCUAGCUGAAGUGGCCACUGGUGAGAAGAGGGCCACAGUUGUUGAAUCCUCCGAGAAAGCAUAUAGUGAGGCUCAUGAGAUAAGUAAAGAGCAUAUGCAGCCAACUCAUCCUAUCAGGCUUGGCCUGGCCCUGAACUAUUCUGUGUUCUAUUAUGAGAUCCAAAAUGCGCCUGAACAGGCUUGCCAUCUGGCCAAAACUGCCUUUGACGAUGCCAUUGCCGAGUUGGAUACCUUGAAUGAGGACUCCUACAAGGACUCAACACUCAUCAUGCAGCUUCUACGUGACAACCUAACGCUCUGGACGAGCGACCAGCAGGACGACGAUGGUGGGGAAGGCAACAAUUAAAGUCUAAUGAGGGACUGGCAGCCGCACGCUGAUGCUACUACCGCAGUCUUUAUUUUUUUCCCACAAGUGGGGGGUUAAGGGUUGGGGGAUGGUAUGGAAGGGACAUCCUCCCCAGGGAAGACCCUACCACCUGUCUUUGAUUGCCUCUUCGACAUUUUUGCCAAAACACCACGAAUGGAAAGUUAGACUGGCUGUGCUGGUAUGGAAUGGCAGCCUCACACUGGCACAUGGACUGUUCUGUAGUUAAUACAAGUGGAGCUGUUUUUAUUUUUAAGUUAUCGCUAGACAUAUUUAGGAAGAGUUUUCACAGUAGUAAUAACAUGAAUGGAAUGGCUUUUUUAAAAUAGUUUUGUGGUUCCAGUAAGUUAUUUUAUAUUUAUUUUCUUUUCUAGCUAAAUGCACGUCUUGCCUUUCAUGCUAUUUACUAUUUGUCUAUUUUAAUAUGUUGCUCUUGUGUACUUUGUGCACUCCACAUUACUCCAGUUACUACAGUGUUCACUCCACAGUAUUUCAAAGUAGAAUUUUUUUAUUUUAGAGAAAGAUUGGUUACCAUAGUAUUGCAUUUUCGUUAAGUCCAUGUUUGCAUUCUUGAUGGUUCAUCGUUGACCAUUUUAAGCAAAAUUUUAAGCAAAGGGGCAGUGUCGGUUAGUGAGAACAGUUAUGGGACUGAAUAAAGGAAAUAAAAUAACUUUUGUAAGCAUUUUAAAAAGAAUUAAGAUUUCAGGUCUGUAUGUAAAGUACACUGCUGUUUCACUGCCACAUCUUAGAAACAGUUAUGGAUUUUCCCCGACACGUUAAUCUCUUGUCACAAUCUGCAUUUUCCUAGGAGGAUAUAAUGUUGUCUUUAUUAUCCAUUGAGAAUUUUAUCGGUUUUAUUUGAAACCUAAUCUAAUACACUUUUAAUAAUCAGGCUUUCAAUUCACCUGCGUAAACAAAUGCUUCUCUGUGUUUCCACACAGCUGUAUUUUGAUUUGUUUACUUUGCGUUCUAGCUUCUAAAAGUGAGUGGUCCCAUACAGGAGUACACUAGAGUAUAAAGGGUUAUCACUAGCUCAAAGCAUAUUAAAUACUUAAGGCAAAGAUAUUUUCCCUUUCUAGAAAACAAAUGUCCAGUUAAAGGCAAGUUAAUUUAGGAGCAAAUACCUAUAAAAUCUGUUCAGGUCAACUUCAAAAUUGCAAGGCAUGAAUAUGCAAGAAAGUAGCUCAAGUGUCUUUGUUAAAAUAAUUCUUACUGUGUGCAGCAGUAAGGGUUGUAAUCCAAAUGUUUUCAAGUUUAUGUAUUCUUGGUGUCUGCAUGAAUACGAAUGGGUUUGCCCAAUAAGAAAAAUCCUGCUUUAUGUAAUUUCCUGAAUGGCUUGUUGACUCAUAACCAAAGUUCUAAACGUUUUAGUUUAGAAAUUCUUAAGCAAAUCUGUAUAGAAUUUUUUGUUGUUGUUUUAACAUUGGAAGGACUGAUGCCUUUCAGAUUAGCAGAUUAUAUAUAUUUUUUCUUUAUGAGCCAUAGGUAAUUACAGGAUCUCAUUAAUAUUCCAGUUAAACUCAUGUUCAUCUUUGCCACUAUAUAAUAGAAUCCAGGAGAUAUAUAACAAUGGUACAGUUAACGUCUGUUAUUUUUUUUGGAAUAACAAACCACAGCAUAGUUUGCAGUUAAGGAAAACACAUAUAAAUGCCUAAGAAAGACUUGAUUGAAUUGAUCAUUUUAAAUGUCCAGUUUGAAAGUAAUUUACUGGAAUUACGUUACUAUUUUUUCUGGCUGCUUAUAAAACCUUAAAUAUUUUGAAAGUUCUCCAAGUGCUUGGAAUAAAGAAAUGGGUUAAAGCAGCAUUUUUUUUUUGUAUCUGCAGUUGCCUAUAUAACAGUUUCUCCAAUUAAAUAAAUACCGCUGCAUUAAUCUCAAUACAAUAUUGUGCAUGCUAGUGUUGUAAUUCUAUAACGUAGCUUGAAAUUAAAUUAUACAGUAGAUGUUAUGCAAAAAAACUAGUCUGCAAUUUUAUUGCCCUUUUUAUUUUACUAUGUUUUUUUUUAUGUGCAAAUCAUGUCUCUCAAUUGGAAAGAAGGAAAGAAAGAACGGGUGGAUUGUAUUCUACCACACUGCAAUAGGCACAAAUUUGGUCUAAUAUUGAUGUUGCUGUUGUGACAUGCGAAUAUAAUCUUGCUUAAAAAGGAAAAAAAUCUUCAAAAAAAAAUGUAUAAAAUUGAAAUGAAUAAAAAAAUAAAAAUUUGACUUGGGAUGGUUGGGAAGUGGGUGGGAACUUAAACACCAGUGUUAGUCAUGGUGAGACUCUAAUUAUUAAUGUGUAGGAAAAUACUGUUUUUGAAUAAGCCUUUGUUUGUGCUUCUUUGUCAUGGUAAUGCAGUGAAUUAAUUUAAGGUCUAAUUGGUGGAUUCACAUUUUAAAAUUUUUUUCCCCAUUUCAUUUUUUUUUUCUUUUUUAACAAUUUCUGUGUUUCAGUACAGGUUUGUUUUUCUUUUGGCACACGGACCAUUUCUAGCAGUUUUCCUCAGUGAUGGAAUAUCAUGAAUGUGAUUCAUUAUGUAACUGUUGCACAUUGAGCAAAUAAAUUUACAGAUCUGAUGUGGGUGCUGCUUCA